AUGAUGCCCACGAAACGUUUAAGAAUGCACCAAGUUCACAGUCCGACUCUGGAAAUUAUCAAGCAUACUAUGGACCCCGAACUAGCAUAUAAGGACUACUCGAUCGCAAACGAGGCUUUUUUAUCGGAAUAUGUUCCAAUUAGUUGCUGUGACUUAACCAAGUAUACAUGGUACCAUUGCUUGAAUGCCUCUUCAACGCAACGCCGACUCGACUGUAAUCUAAAGAUUUCCUUUGACCAACAGAAGCAGCUUGCAGAUAUUUAUUUUUCCUAUGCGUACACGACUGGAUGCGCUGACCGCCUACAAAACUUCAUCUUCCCUCUCUUAAUAAUAUUGUUUACUACAAAUGCCGGCCUUGAAAUGAUCUGUAUGUUUGCGCUAAGCUGCUAUCUUAAAUUCAGUACAGACCUUGCACUUGAUGAUACAGAUGAUAUCGGCUCAGACAAAAUUGCCGCUGCCCAGGAUAAUGGAGAAGCUACUAGUCAGAAAAAAUUGGAUGCGACGCCUAAGAACCGUAUAGUUCGAUUGAAACAGCCAGUUGUGAAUGAAACUACCCCAUGGAUUGAUGAGAAUGAAGAAGAAGAAGAAGAAGAGGCAACGAAUGAAGCUUAG